CUCUCUCUCUUUAAUUUGAAAAUCUUUGAUCAACUCGCAAUCGCGCAUUCUUCAUUUAUUAUAGUUUGUUGUAAAACCCUCCAAAACCAAACCUCUCUCUCUCUCUCUCUCUCUAUAUAUAUAUAUAGAUUUGGUUUCUUUAAUUUUCUUCUUCUGUAAUGCCCUUUUGAUCAAUCCAUCAUUCCAGGGCAGCCAGUCAUUGCUUUUACUAGCAUGGCAUCAAGCAAUCUAUUCUUUGAUGAUAUACGGAGCAAAGUUGAUGUUGAUCCUCCUCAAAAUGAUGAGUCAACAGAUGUUGGUGAAUUAGUAAAUGAUCCUGCACAAACUGCUCUUAAACCUAAUGGGACUGUUUCAAGCAGUGUUCGUGAGCUUUUAGAGUGCCCUGUAUGCCUGAAUGCCAUGUACCCUCCAAUCCAUCAGUGUUCAAAUGGUCACACUAUAUGCUCAGGUUGCAAACCCAGGGUCCAUAACCGGUGCCCUACUUGUAGGCAUGAGCUUGGCAAUAUCAGAUGCCUGGCACUGGAGAAAGUGGCUGCGUCUUUGGAACUUCCCUGUAAAUAUCAAGGUUUUGGGUGCAUCGGUAUAUAUCCAUAUUACAGCAAGCUAAAACAUGAAUCGCAAUGUGCACAUAGACCUUACAACUGUCCAUAUGCUGGUUCAGAAUGCUCUAUUAUGGGUGAUAUACCCUACCUGGUGGCCCAUCUGAAAGAUGACCACAAAGUGGACAUGCACAAUGGUAGCACUUUUAACCAUCGCUACGUCAAAUCAAAUCCACAAGAAGUUGAAAAUGCCACAUGGAUGUUGACGGUCUUCAGCUGCUUUGGUCAGUAUUUUUGUCUACAUUUUGAAGCUUUUCAACUAGGAAUGGCUCCUGUCUACAUAGCCUUUUUGCGGUUUAUGGGUGAUGAUAAUGAGGCAAAGAAUUAUAGCUACAGUUUAGAGGUAGGUGGAAAUGGGAGGAAGAUGAUUUGGCAGGGGGUGCCUAGAAGCAUCAGGGACAGCCACCGCAAGGUUCGCGACAGUUUUGAUGGUCUUAUCAUUCAGAGGAAUAUGGCCCUCUUUUUUUCCGGCGGUGACCGGAAGGAAUUGAAGCUAAGGGUUACUGGUAGGAUCUGGAAAGAACAGUGAAUGGAGAGAGAUGUCCUUCCGCUAGCAAUUAUAUUUAGGCUGAUAGUUUGUAGUGAAACUUGUUUCUUGUAGUGAUAUGUGUACCUUCUGGUCAUGUAUCUGUUUUGUAAUUUAGGAGGCAAACUCUCUUUGCUUAUCCUCAUCAAAUUCAUGGAGUCGUUCCUCUUAUCAUUAUGAUGAUUACGGAAUAGAGAUGUGGAACCUUAACGUGUCCUAUAUAUAUUCUUUUUGUUCUAUGAAUGCCAAUGAUUGAGAGCACUUAAGAAAAUGUUGCAGGCAAACAAGCUACGAUUAAGAACAUGAAAAUUACACUCUGUAGAUCUGUUUUCCCA